ACACCGCCCCAAUUACGUUUACCCUUUCAUUCCUCUUUCAGGCUCUCGCUCUCUCUCGAAUCACUGCUCUGCCGAGGAGCCCCUGGAUGCGCCGCCCUACUCGAUUCAAUCUACUUCCGAAUCAAAUCGCUUCAAAUCAAGAUGUCUACAGCAAAUGAAUCAGUACUAAAGAAGACGGAUAUCCAACAACUUCAAAUAACAGAAUUAAGUGAAGACAACACACGUAAAAAACAAAAAGGAGUUAUGCUGGAUCAUCUUAACAUGUUCCUUAUUUUCCUAUCAAAUCUUACUGACGAUCAAAAGUCGUUAGUACGGAAACUUGGGUUUGGUUCAAUUCUUCAUAUUUCUUGCAACUCCAAUGUGGACGAUUUGUUCCACUGGUUAGCCGCCCAGUUCAACACAAGCACAUGCAUAAUUAAACUGGAGAAUGGAUUUAAAUUCCAAUUCACAGACAAUGUUGUGCACAAAAUACUGGGUAUUCCAUGCGGAGGCUUACGUAUUCAUACAAUCCCUACUGAUCAAACAGUCCAGUUCAUGAAUACAUUUUUGCAAUCAGCUAAUGCAACUCAAGAGCAUAUCUUUUCAAUGAUUUCUCCUACCACAACCAAAGAAGAUUUCUCUAGGAUAUUCAUGCUUCUGGCUCUUUCAAUUCUCAUUGCACCUAAUUCAAAGGGAGUACCCACCAAAAAAUUCUUCAAUGCAUUGGUGGAUAUUGAUUCGGAUCUAGAUACAAUUGGUGCCAAUUUGCCCUGUCCUUCUUGGUACAUCAAAUUAAAAAAAUCUGACAUAAGGAACAACCCCUCAGCCAUGCCAGGAGGGUGUAAACUAAUAUUGGUGGUCAUGCACUUUGAAUUCCUAAUCACAUCUGAAUACAAGAUACCUUGUAAUACUUUCCCAAGACUUCCGAUGUGGUCAUCAACUAUGCUGAAUGCUCUACUAGCUCUUGAUACAAUGCCUGGAGUGAAGACACAGUUCGGGAGGCUACCAAUGAAGCACAUAUAUUCAACCCCAUUCCAUGACGAACCGAAUGUAAUAGAAUUAGAACUUCUUGAAACAGUUCUGCAUUACAUCAAUACCAAGUUCCCUUCUAUUCACAAUGUAGAGGAAAAGGCAAGGGUAGAACGUAGCACUCGGAAAUUCUGGCAAACAUUCAUAUCAAAUUCUGUACCAACACUGCAGUCUUACAUUGAUGAGGCACACAGUGGUUUUGGCUUGCAAAAUCCUUCCCAAGCAAACAGGACUGAUGAACCUACAACAUCUCAUUUUCUUCCAAUUGUUAAGUCAAACAAUACUGCAGCUGAUCCUUCUUUAUACAAGUUGAAAAUGGAAGAUCAUUCAGUCCUAGAAUCUUUCCUCUCUUCAAUUGAUUUCACUGAUUUCCCUGGGCCUCACAUUCUUCCAGCGACUUUUGAUGAAAAAAAUACCAAAGUAUCAGUAGAAUAUCUCAUUCAAAGCUUCUCUGAAUCUCUCCACAUUGACAAGCACAUAGAUUUUCACCUACUUAUGCCUAAUGCCUCAUCAUUUACUACUGCCCUACUUGGUACAGAUGUUAUCAAAUUGAAUGGACAAACCAAAACUGAUAUAGGUGGUUCUACUACUUUCCAAGUGAUUCUUGAUACAAUAAAGUCUGACCAAUCAGUGAGGGAAAUGAAUGGAAAAGAUUUUCUACAAUGUAGACAAGAAAAAUUCAGUAUAAGUCAGUGGAAAUUUAUCUCAAACAAUAAAGCAGAUUCAUUAUAUUGUACAGAAGAUCAAGUAGAAGUACCAGCUGUACAACUGCACUCUUCACUUGUCCCUAGCCAUAAUUAUGAACAAGCAGAACUUCAAAUGAAAAAGGCUGGUACAACUGAUACUAAGACUGGAUAUUCUUAUUCCAUAGGAAACAAUUUUGAACAUGAUAUUCCCUCGUUCAAUGCUAUAACAGAGAGCCUACAUGAUGCACUUCCGCAUCAACUGACUGCUUCCAAUAACACGAGCUUUUCAAUGCCUAAUGCUCCCAACCUUAUUGUUAAUUCUACAAGCAACUAUCCUAUGUUACCCAAUCAGAAAUCUCCAUUCCUCUAUAGCAAUAGCCCUCUUAGGCCUUUCAGCAUUAACUCUGGACAAGCAGAAAACAGAUUUGGUACUCCACUUGACGAUCCAGGUUUAUAUAAACUUCUAGAAGACUAUGAACUCGAAUGCAAAAGAAAUGAAAUGGCAGAAGGAAAGAAGAAAUUAUUUCAGAAAUUUUCUUCAACAUCAGUUGUUUACCAAAACAAAAGUAUGCAGUACCAACAAGUAAUUUUCUCAAGCCCAGUUCAGUCUGAGUUCUACAAGACUAUGAACGCAGCUCUGUCAACCUUGGACUCAAGCCAAAGGAUUUUCCAAGUCAAUGAAGUUUGGGUUGAUCAGAAGACUUUGACUAUUUCAUUCAGACCUGGCUGUUGGAUGAGUCCCCAUUCCUUAGAUUGUCAUUCCAAAAUUCUUAAUACCAACCAACUAUUCCAUGGAAGGCAAGGCCUCAUCCCAAACACCGAUGCAAUUACACACAUUGUUCAAAGAGAAGACAUGGAAUUAUUCAUGCGGCCAAUGUUGAAUCAUUCAGAUCCUAUUUCUAGAGAUAUUCUAAGUGAAGGAAGGGCUGAUUUGCAAGCUUUACGUGAAAUUUUCCUGUAUGAAAUAUCAACAGACUGCAACAGUGAAGUACAAUUACCUAUAGUGAGGAACUUCCUAUAGAACCAUGGGUUUCGAUCAUUCAAAUGAACAAGUUCUUAUCCCCAAUUGAAGAACUGCAAAUGUCGCUUGAAAGAUUACACUCAUCUUCGACAUGACCUGUGAAUAAACGUCAAAUUUCUUUCUUGUUUUCUCAAGAAUGAUUUUCUACUUGUAACAGUUUUACUUGUAACAUUUGGAGUAAAAAUGCUGUUGUCCAGUCUUUUUGAAUUUGAAUUCAUGCAGAUUUUA